AUGCAAGUCCUCCUCCUGUUGUUGCUCCCGUUGGUUCUCCUAAUCGUCCGGCGUGCAACGCCGCCGAUCAAAGCACGCCUGUCCACCCUCAAGUCUGGCAUAGCACGUGCACGUAAGCCAGUUAUCAUCAAGGACUUCGCCACGGCGCACCACCUGCUCGUCCGGGGCAGCCGCAUGCCGUCCGCGUCACCCAGCGCCAUCAUCACCGGCCGCCGCUACCACAACAUCAUUUCGGCACCCUCCGGCGGCCAGCUCUGGCGCACCCUCCGCCACAACCUCACCUCAGGAGUCGUCCACCCGACGCACUUGCACCGCUACGCGGCCGCGCGGCGCCAGGCGCUACGUGGCCUCGUCGCGGACCUCAGGGAGCAGCAGCUCACCGACGGCGUGGCGCUCGCCGCGGAGAGCAUCCGCGACGCGGUAUUUGGCCUCGCCUCUACCAUGUGCUUCGGCUACGGCGUUGACGCCGGUGUGGUUCGAGCCAUGGCCGACGUCCAGACCAAGCUCAUCCUAUCCUUGCCUGCGCUGCGCACGUUCGCGGCCGGGCCGUUAACGUUCCCGGCGGUGUCUAGGCUAAUCUACCGCAAGCGGUGGAGAAAGCUGGCCGGGAUACGGCAGAAGCAGGAGGAGCUGUACCUCCCGCUCAUCGACGGCUGCCGCAGACAUCGCCGGGACUCUGACGAGACACCAAGUUAUGUACACACGCUCCUGGACCUCCAUGUCCCGGUAGAAUUCGAAGCAGACGACCACAACAGCGGAGGCAAGCAAAGGCAGCAGCGGAGGCUCGAGGACGGUGAACUCGUGGGACUCUGCUCGGAAUUUCUUGGUCAAGUAACUGAAUCCACAGCCGCGGCGCUGCAGUGGAUCAUGGCGAACCUAAUCAGGCACCCAGACAUACAGCAGGCCAUCCGGGAGGAGAUCAACGCUGCUGUGGACGCCGACGCCGAGGAGAUUGGGGAGGAGGUUCUUGGGAAGCUAGACCACCUCAACGCUGUCAUCUUGGAGACACUGAGGCUGCAUCCCACAAUCAUGUGGGUAUUUAGGCAGGUGAUGGAAGAAGACCAAGUGGUUCAUGAUGGCCAACGUAUUCCUACGGGCACCGACAUAAUGUUCUUAUUAGAGGCACUGGGACGAGACAAGGCAGUGUGGGAUGACCCUGAUGAGUUCAAGCCCGAACGUUUCCAUGGAUGUGGAGGUGGAGAGAGCACUACCAAGAACCUGCAGUCCAUGGCCGCGGAGAUGAAGAUGAUGCCUUUUGGGGUCGGCAGGAGGAUGUGCCCUGCUAUAAGCGUCUCGCUGCUCCACAUCAGCUAUUUCGUGGCAAACCUUGUGAGGGAGUUUGUGUGGGAGGAAGUGGAGGGUGAGCAUGCCGUGCAAUUCCAGACGGACACCAGCAUCAUGUUUUUCAACCGCAUGGCGCGUCCACUGCGCGCUCACCUUGUGCCUCGCCGGCCGGAGGCCAAAAAGAUUUGUCAUUAA